CUGGAAACGCGUUCAAAAUAAGGAAGCCGACGUAAGGGUCCAGGGUGCUCUUUUUCUUUCCCUUCUCUCAGCCACAUCUCUCUCAUCCAAUCUCAGUGAAGAAGAGUCUUACUUGGUUAAUCAAGAAAGAGGGCAGGGACUAGAAGAUAGUAACAAGAAAGUUCCAGGCGACUCUUAGAAGUCACCGCCUCCAUAUCAAACCUGAAUAACCAGGAGAGAUGUAACCUCUGCAUACUUUCGGUCGUGUUGGUCCUGCCUAUGCUGCAGGUUUUUCAGGUCCUUGCUUGAGCGUGCACUCCAGAACGUAAAUAACCACGCUAUCAACAGCCUGCGUCAGCCAACCCAGCUAUUUAAACAGGCUGGCAUCAGCGGGCGAGGCUUCCAAACCCAGGCUUGCCUUUGACACUUCUAGCCGCGCCGGGACCAUGUCGGCGGAGACCGCGAACGGCCCCACCGAGGACCAGGUGGAGAUCCUGGAGUACAACUUUAACAAGGUCAACAAGCACCCGGACCCCACCACGCUGUGCCUCAUCGCGGCCGAGGCCGGCCUUUCGGAGGAGGAGACCCUGAAAUGGUUCAAGCAACGCCUGGCCCAGUGGCGGCAAUCAGAAGGCCUGCCCUCAGAGUGCAGAUCCGUUACGGACUAAUCUAGACAGUGGGCAUCGGCAGCUUCCCUCCAUGAAGACCAUCUGCUGUUUCUCUCCUCUGCUCAACCAAACUGUUUUGGUUUUUCAGUGUAGUGUUGUGUGUUCCAUUGUUAACUGCCCUGCUAUUUGACACAAUGUUGUAUUUUUUAAUGUACAUAAAUAGAAAAGAAAAUAAAGUUGGGAAGUGAACAUUACAACUUCUGUGUAAAGCAAUGGCUGGGACAGUGGUGUGGUUUGCAGUUUCCUUAGAGUCAGGAUGACAGAUGGUGUGAAAACCAUUUAAGUUUGCUUUUGACCGUCACCUCCCAGUAGGAUUUUACUAUCCAAUCCACUUCAAGCAAGCAAGACCUCUGUUGAAAAGACGACAGGACUGAGAGGGGGAAACAUUUUCUUCUGAAUCCACUUCCCUAAGUUGUUUUCCUUAUGUUUCAUUUAGAUGCAUUAAUGAGUGGGUGAGAAUACAGAGGAGUAUUUGAAUCAUUCAAAUUUCAUAGAGCGCUGUCUUGGAUUAUAGCUGUAUUCAUUUGGAAAGAACCCAGAUAGGCUAGAAGACAGAAAGUCCAACAACUGCCAGAAAAGCAAGUAACUAAGAAAGAAAAUCCACAGACAGUCUUGAAUUUACCUUAUUUAAAUGCAUUUGUUAAAUUUAUUUUGCUAAAUAAAAUGAACUGCUUUUUGUCUCCGAAAUGAUAUCCUUAAUAAAACCUUAACGUUUUGUUGAAAGUGUGUUGAGUUUUCUGCAG